AUGCUUCUCCUGCUCCCAUUCGGGCUCCUCGUCGCCGUGAUCCUCGUCGUAUACCCCAACGAGUUGGCCCUCCAGUCACUUAUGUCCAGCCCCACCUGCCAAAACAAUGCCGGCCUCACGGCCACGGACGUCGUCGGGGUGGCCGUGGAUUUCCGGCUGCUCAUCGGCGUGCUGACGCUCCCAGGCCUGUACGAGCGGCGGAACCUGAUCCGCACGGUGUACGCGCUCCAGCAGCCGAGCCUGCCGGCGUCGCGCAUCGUCGACGUCCGGUUCAUCUUCUGCCGGGUGGCCUCGGAGGAGGAGCGCGUGCUGGUGGCGCUGGAGGCGAUGCGGUACGGCGACGUGGUCGAGCUGGACUGCACGGAGAACAUGGACAACGGCAAGACCUACUCCUACCUCUCCAGCGUCCCGGCGCUCUUCGGCGCCUCUGCCUACGACUUCGUGAUGAAGACCGACGACGACACCUUCUUCCGGCUGCCGCGGCUGGCCGAGUCGCUGGGCAGCGCGCCCAGGGAGGACCUCUACUACGGGUGCCGGGUGUCAUGCGACAUGAGACGCGCGGCGAAAGACGAGUACAUGUCCGGCAUGGGAUACGUCCUCUCCUGGGACCUCGUGGAGUGGAUCGCGGCGGCGGAGGUGAUCCGGAACCGGACGGCGGGGCCGGAGGACUGGACGCUCCGCAAGUGGUUCGGCCUCGGCGGCAAGGCCAAGAACUGGGUGGACGCUAAGCCGGCCAUGUACGACUUCCCACAGCCGAGGGACGCCUGCGCGCACCAGCUGGUGCCGGACACCAUCGCCGUGCACAAGCUCAAGGACAACGAGAGGUGGUCCACCACGCUCAAGUUCUUCAACUUCACCGCGGGCCUCCAGCCGUCCAAGUUCUUCCGCAACGUUUGA